UUAGUGUAUUUAGUGAAUGUCACUUUUUGUCAUUUUCAAAUUUCCCGCCAGUUCCGUCCCCGUAUGUCCCGACGUCGCAGUGGACGGAACCGAGAAGACAGAUGCCGGUAUCCGCCAGAGGACAUUACAGGGGACACUGCAGGAGGGACAUCGUGGGAGCGCAGGACAAGGUAAGAGAAGAACAGAUCCCGGAGCAGCACCGCAUGGUAAGCCCGAGUGUAGCUCGGGGUUACCACUUUUGGUACGGAAACUUUACCCCGAGCUACACUCGAAAAUACCACCAGGCAGGUUAAUAAAACAAUAAGGGGGUUAUUUACUAAAACUGGAGAGUGCAAAAUUUGGUGCAGCUCUGCAUAGAAACCAAUCAGCUUCCAGGUUUUAUUGUCAAAGCUUAAAUGAACAAGCUGAUAUUGGCUACCAU